AUUGUCCCCCUUGGGGCAGGGCAAGACGUUGGUCGGUCUUGUAUUCUGGUUACUAUCGGUGGAAAGAAUGUGAUGCUUGACUGUGGUAUGCAUAUGGGCUACCAGGAUGAACGACGUUUUCCGGAUUUUUCAUAUAUCGGCGGAGGAGGAAAGUUGAAUGAUUACUUGACCUGCGUGAUUAUAUCUCAUUUUCAUUUGGAUCAUUGUGGAUCCCUACCUCAUAUGAGUGAAAUUGUUGGAUUUGAUGGUCCGAUCUACAUGACCUACCCAACAAAAGCCAUUGCACCAGUGCUCUUGGAGGAUUACCGAAAAGUGCAGACGGAGUUUCGAGGAGACACAAACUUCUUCACAUCGGCUAACAUUAAAGCUUGUAUGAAAAAGGUUAUAGCGGUAAAUCUCCAUGAGACAGUGCAAGUAGACAGCGAACUGUCUAUUCGUGCCUUCUACGCCGGUCAUGUGCUCGGCGCAGCUAUGUUCGAAAUCCGUGUUGGUCAUCAAAGCAUAUUAUAUACAGGUGAUUAUAACAUGACGCCCGAUCGGCAUUUGGGAGCAGCUCGGGUGUUACCAGGCCUUCGACCCGACUGUCUCAUCUCUGAGUCAACCUACGCUACCACAAUUCGAGAUUCGAAACGAGCACGAGAAAGAGAUUUCCUCCGGAAAGUACACGAUAGAGUAAUGGCGGGAGGAAAGGUUCUGAUUCCUGUUUUUGCGUUGGGCCGAGCUCAGGAGUUGUGUAUUCUUCUUGAAUCGUACUGGGAACGGAUGGAUUUGAAAAUACCCAUUUAUUUUUCCCAAGGUUUGGCGGAACGAGCAAAUCAGUAUUAUCGAUUGUUCAUAAAUUGGACCAAUGAAAAGAUCAAACGCACUUUUGUCGAAAGGAACAUGUUCGAUUUCAAGCACAUCAAGCCUCUUGAUAAAGGUUACGAGGAAAUGCCUGGCGCCAUGGUGUUAUUCUCAACCCCAGGAAUGUUACACGGAGGUCAGUCUCUAAAAGUAUUCCGGAAAUGGUGUCAUGACCCCAGGAAUAUGAUUAUAAUGCCUGGUUACUGUGUGGCUGGAACUGUCGGCGCAAAGGUGAUAAGUGGAAUGAAGAAGAUAGAAAUUGAAGGUAAAAUGCAUGACAUCAACCUGGCUGUAGAGUACAUGUCGUUCAGCGCUCAUGCGGACGCGAAAGGAAUAAUGCAGCUGAUCAGAGAUUGCCAGCCCCGCAGUGUGAUGUUUGUACAUGGUGAAGCGGCCAAAAUGGAAUUUCUCAAGGGAAAAGUCGAAAAAGAGUUCCGAGUUCCGGUAUUAAUGCCUGCAAAUGGCGAAUCGGUGACCAUUCCUGGAAUCGCUAAUUUGGAGGUCGAUGUACCUCAAGAUAUCGUACAACGAUGUCUAGACCUCGACCCCACUCCAUCAAAAAAGGCUUGUCCUUUCUCGGCGUGUUUAGUUAUGGAUAAACAGAACGGAUUAGAGGUGAUCUCAUGUGAGGCAGCUGCCAGCAGGUUACAGCUUGGCUUGCAUACUAUAACCCUGUCACAGUUGGUAAAAUCCCGCUCAGUAGUUGAUUGGAGAGCCCUUUCUGAAGCAUUGUCUAUUCAUGACACCCACCUGCAACAUAAACAGGACGGCAUUGAGCUUUUUCAUGGUGAAAUAUGUGUGCUACCUGUGAAGGAGCGCACCUGGACAACGAUGCUCGCAGCCGGUCAGCUUGUUAGUGAUUGGCUCAGUGCUGAAGCUAUUGCUCCACACGUCGAACUGGGUGAUCUCCUCGAAUUUAGAAGAGUAGCUCGAAUUGGAGGAGCCCCACGAAAUAUAUACACGCAUUGGGGUGUGUACAUAGGACGUCAUGAGGAUAUACCACUUGUUGUUCAUCUUUCCGGUGGCGAUGGAGAUUUUGAUAAAAUAGGUGAAGGCAAAGUUGACUCGCUCAGCGGUGGACCGUCUAGUCUAAUUAAAGCAUGCACUGCCCAGGUUCGUUGUGAUCCAUUGCUGUCGAUAGCCCGUGAAGACCUGGUGAGAAUCAACAACGCUCAUGACGUUGAUCAUCAGCCAUUCCCUCCGAGGAUAGUCGUAGAACGAGCCGUACUUCAGCUAGGUUCCGGGAAUUACAGUAUCUUCAUGAAUAACUGCGAACAUUUUGUGAAGUGGUGUCGCUAUGGAAACAGGAUCAGUGGACAGGCUGUUGCUGUAAAGAGUGUACUUCUGGGUACCGCUUUAGCUGCUGUGGGAGCACCGCCAGCGCUUGCGAUAGGUACAGGUUUUGCUUUUCUCGCCUUAGCGACUCCUGUGUCCAAGUUGAUCAGUCGGUACUAUGGGUCCCACUUCUCGCUUUUUUAA